GCGUAAAUAAAGCACGUCCGCCGAAUGGAGAAUGGAAUACAUACCUUCUGUCACAUCCUUGCUGCCUUGCUGCCUUGCUGCCUUGCUGCUCUUCUUGAAGAGUUUUGAGCGCCUCGCCACACCGCUGUCGAAACGGAGAACGAAAGAAUGAAUCUUUCUGUGGAGAAGGGCAAGAUGCAUCCGUUAUUACGAAUAGCAAUGGAUGUAUCUGGGACGUAUGGCCAAACAGGGGAGAUUGAGGAGGCGCGUGCGGCUGUUGAAGCCUUUGCAGAGAGGGCUGGGAGGAGACCGCGAAUUUUGGUUGCGAAAAUGGGUCAAGAUGGGCACGAUCGGGGUGCCAAGGUCGUCGCUACUGGUCUUGCGGAUGUCGGGUUCGAUGUAGACAUCGGCCCGUUAUUCCAGACGCCUGCCGAGGUGGCUCGUCAUGCAAUGGAAGCAGAUGUCCACGUCGUCGGUGUCAGCUCUCAAGCGGCGGGUCACCGAUCGCUCGUGCCGGAGUUGGUCGAGGAGUUAAGAAAGAUCGGAAUGAAUGAUGUGGUGGUGAUUGUCGGUGGGGUUAUUCCGCCGGACGACUACGACUUUUUGUACAAGCAAGGCGUUGGAUGCAUUUUCGGACCGGGGACGAAGAUACCCACGUGUGCAAAAGAGAUCCUCUCCAAGCUCUCAACUUCUUCCUCGCCACCGGAGGCAAAAGAGAGUUGCUGAUCGCAGCUGGCCGUCGCUGUCCCUUGCGAUGACUGAUUUGUAAAGAGGCAUGAUGUGUGCAGGAGUAGAGAAUGCUCAGACAAAGAGAGAGAGAGAGAGAGAGAGAGAGAGAGAGAGAGAGAGAGAGAGAGAGAGAGAGAGAGAGAGAGAGAGAGAGAGAGUUGCAUGAGCACAAGUGUAGCUGCAGCUCUGCUUUCCACCUUCUUUUUGUGUUUUUUAAACUUUUUCAAGUUUUUUGCUAUUUACCCUAAAAAUAUCCCUCCGUCCCAUUAGCAGUAGAGUCAUUCUGCUAACCUGCCUUUUUCCCCUAUUUGGCUUUCACUAGAGGCACCCGCUGGGAAACUGCCCUGUCAGAUGCGAGAUGUGAGGUGUGAGGUUUCAGGUGUCAGCACAUACUCACACAGAGGACUUUUGUGAAUGUAUCUGGCCGCAGGUAGGACCAGAUUCCGGCCAAAUUGUCUUUCUGUUUCCGAGGUGUCAUGUGCCACAGCCAGGUGUAGUGGUUCGUCUGGCCAUCAGUUUAUUUACAGAGCUUUGGUGUACGCUCAGCGCGACCCAGGUUUUGGAGGUACGACCGGAGAACCGCUACUGCUGUAUGCGGCUGGAAAAUGUCUGUUCGAGAGCUUCUGCACUGGUCCGAAGUGUUGUGGGCGAAUCUGUUGGGUCCAGGUUUUUUUUUUUUUUUUUUUUUUUUUUUUUUUUUCCCUGUGGUAGCUGGUGACGUGUGUUCGUCAGUUUCUGCAGCGCUCGUAGUUCUUUGCACUGAGACUAUGUGGUGUCCUUCUGUUGUCGUGUUUAUAAUAUUCUCUAUAUAUAUGAAUAUAUAUGAAUGAAAGAGGAGUACCCACAACCACUCUCGACUUCCAUUCUUCCCCCUUCAUCGGUACGGGAGAGGAGUGGAAUCCGCUCGCGUGUGUAUGUGUCUGGAGCCGAUGCAGAUUGCCCAUGUGGCCCUCUGAGGCUC